AUGAGCCCCCAUGAGUUAUUUGCUGCAACACAUCCAGCAGCAACAGCAUCUGCAAAUCGAUAUGCUGCUGCAGCAAAAGCAGCAGCAGCAACAGCAGCAGCAGCAGCAACAGCAACAGCUGGGGACGAAGCCGAUGUAGCGGCAGCAGCUUCUCAUGUGCUGCAUUUGCUGCAGCAGCUGCAGCAGCUGCAGCAGCAAAAUGCAGCACCAUCUGCUGUGUUUUCCUCUGGUGGCAGCAGCAGCAACAGCAACAGCAGCAGCAGCAGCAGCAGCACGCAUGCAGCUGCAGUGUAUGAGCAACUGAGCCAAACCGUUAACGCAAUCGCCAAGAGGGCACCAAGAAUAGCAGCAGCAACUGCAGCAGCAACUGCAGCAGCAGCAGCAGCAAUAGCAGCAAGACCCAUUGAGGCAGCAGCAGGCUGCGGCAUCGAGCUGCAGGUCUACCUUCCGCUCAGCAUCAGCAGCAGCAGCAACAACAGCAGCAGCAACAGCAGCAGCAGCAGCAGCAGCAGCUCAUGUGUGUUGCACUAUAUCCAAUAUCAGGUUGACCAGCUGCUGCUGCGCUGCGAUGCUGCUGCUGUUGGUGCUGCUGCUGCAGCAGGGAAGCCUGCAAGCAAGGCGAGGACUGCAGCAGCAGCAGCAGCAGCAGCAGCACGAACAGCAGCAGGAGAGCAGCAGCUCUCCCUUGGUGCUCAUGCGUUGCUGUUGAGUAUCAUUGAGAAGGUGCUGCUUCCUUUCAAAGAUGCAUGCGAGCAGCAGCAGCAGCAGCAACAGCAGCAGCAGGAACAGCAGCAGCAACAGCAACAGCAGCAACAGCAACAGCAGCAACAGCAGCAGCAGGUGUUGGUGCUGCGGCUUGCUGGUGUUGCAGGCUUGUCGCUGCAGCAUUGGCAGCAACUGCAGCAGGUGCUGUUGAAGGUCCUAGGAGGGUUGCUGCAGGUGGCAGCAGCAGCAGCAGCUGCUGCUGCUGCAGCAACAGCAGCAGCAGCAACGGGUGCUGCACAGCAGUAUGGGCGAGCGCCAAUUGUUGCCAUUGAGCUGCACUGGGCAGAUGCAGCAGCAGCAGCAGCACCAGCUGCAGCUGCAGCAGCAGCAGCAGCAACAGAGCAUGAGCAGGUGCUUGAUAAUGUCCGCGAGUUUGUACGCCUGCAGCACAAGCAGCAGCAACUGCAGCAGCAGCAGCAGCAGCAGGGUCGGGUGUAUGUGUACUGCACUGCUACUGUUGUAGAGAACUCGGAAGAAGCAGAGCAGCAGCAGCAGGAGCAGCAACUGCAGCAGCAGCAGCAGCAGCAGCAGCGAUAUGCGUAUCAAUUUCUUCUCCCGCUACUGCAGCAGCAGCAGCAGCAGCAGAAGCAGCAGCAGCAGCAGGAUGAGGAUAAGGAAUUUUGGCGAAUUAGUCCACAGCAGCUGCUGCAGCAUGUAGUGUGCAACGAUGCAGCAGCAGCAGCAGCAGGACUGCGGCUGCUGGUGCUGCCUGUUGCUGCUGCUGCUUCUCCUUAUGUUGGGGCCUCGGAGCAGCGGCUGCGGCAGCUGUUUGCUGCUGCUGCUGCUGCUGCUCCCUGUGUGCUGCUGCUGGUGGGUAUUGAACGAGCAGCAGCAAACAGAGCAACGCUGUCUCCUAUCGCGCCCAUGCAGCAGAAGCAGCAGCCGCAGCAGCAGCCCGGCAGCAGCAGCAGCAGCAGCAGCCCGAAGCAACAGGCAGAUGACACAGAAGCCGCUACGCCUACAGCGUACUACAGCAGCAGCAGCGGCAGCAGCAGCAGCAACAGCCAGCGGCGAAUGCUUGCGGCGCUGCUGCUAGCCCUUGACUCCCUUGAGGACAAGCGGCGUUUGCUGCUGCAGCAGCUGCGGCAGCAGCAGAUGCAGCAGCAGCUGCUGCAGGGAGACACUAUAGGAACAAACAGCAGUAGCAAGAAACAGCAGCAGCAGCAGCAGCAGCAGCAGCAGCAGCAAGCAGUAAUACUACCCCGUCUAGGCAGCAAAGAGGAUCCAUCCACUGUGCUGCAGGGGCUAAACCCCACAGCAGCAGCAACAGCAGCAGCAGCAGCAGCAGCAGGUGUUGCUGUUGUUGCUACAACACAUUUGCUGCCUGAGCAAUUAGAUGCUGCUGCUGUACGUGCAGGUAGACUAGACAGUUGGCUGCAGUGGGGCUAA